UAAAAAAUCUCUCCUUUUUAUUUUUGUUGUUGUCUCUCUCUCUCUCUCUAGAAGUCUCUGUUUUUUCAUCUUUCUCGCUCUCUCUCUCUCUCUAGUAAUCAACCUCGCCUUUGCUCUUUCAUCUCGUUUCUGGGAUUUUGUUAUUUGUUGGCCUCCCAUUGUUAGCCUGAAUUACGCUUCCUAUCUCGCCGAUCGUCGUAGAUCUACGCUGCUAUUGGCCGGCUGAGUAAAUCAGAGUGAACACAGAAAAAAAAAAAAAAACAGAGGGGGGCUUAAAAAUCCUGAAGAAAAGAGAAAUCGCAUGAAUUUGUUUGGAAGCCUGAUCUUUUCAUCUUCGAUUUCGAGCCACUUCACGACUUGUCUUCUUAUCUUCAUCCUUCAUUUUUCUCCCCAGCUUAAUAGUAAUAAUAAUAAUAACAAUAGUAAUCGUAAUUCUAAUAAUAAUCUCGAGAGUAAUCGUUUGAUCUAUUGAAGCAAACAAAUCAUGGAGUCUAGGAAAAAUUCUGAUCGUCAAAUGCGUAGAGCUAAUUGCUUUUCAGCUGGUGAGAGGAUGAAGACAAGGUCACCGUCGGUGAUUGUCAUCGGAGGUGGUUUUGGUGGAAUCUCUGCUGCUCGCACUCUUCAAGAUGCUUCUUUUCAGGUUAUGGUGCUGGAGUCUCGUGACAGAAUCGGUGGACGAGUUCACACUGAUUACUCAUUUGGUUUUCCUGUUGAUCUUGGUGCAUCAUGGUUGCAUGGAGUAUGCAAAGAGAAUCCUCUGGCACCAGUUAUUGGAAGACUGGGGCUGCCCUUGUAUCGUACUAGCGGUGACAAUUCGGUCUUGUAUGACCAUGAUCUCGAAAGCUAUGCUCUGUUUGAUAUGGAUGGCAACCAAGUUCCUCAAGAGUUGGUGACUGAAGUUGGCAUAACUUUUGAGCAUAUUUUGGAAGAGAUCAAUAAAGUCAGGGAUGAGCAGGAUGCAGACAUGUCAAUUUCUAAGGCUUUCUCAAUUGUCUUUGCUAGGAAACCCGAGUUGAGGUUAGAGGGUCUUGCACACAAUGUACUUCAAUGGUAUGUAUGCCGCAUGGAAGGAUGGUUUGCCGCCGAUGCUGAAACCAUCUCUGCAAAGUGUUGGGACCAGGAGGAAUUACUGCCUGGUGGACACGGUCUUAUGGUUAGAGGUUAUCGUCCUGUCAUCAACACGCUGGCAAAAGGUCUUGAUAUCCGAGUAGGCCACAGGGUUACUAAGAUUGUAAGGCGGUACAAUGGAGUGAAGGUAACGACAGAAAACGGGGAAACAUUUGUUGCCGAUGCUGCAGUCAUUGCUGUUCCUCUUGGAGUUUUGAAAUCCGGAACCAUAAAGUUCGAACCAAAGCUACCAGAGUGGAAACAAGAAGCAAUCAACGACCUGGGAGUAGGUAUCGAGAACAAGAUUAUACUACAUUUUGAGAAAGUCUUCUGGCCGAAAGUAGAGUUUCUAGGAGUGGUAGCUGAAACCUCCUACGGUUGCAGUUAUUUUUUGAACCUGCACAAGGCCACGAGUCAUCCAGUCCUGGUUUACAUGCCGGCUGGUCAGCUCGCUAAAGACAUCGAGAAAAUGUCUGAUGAAGCAGCUGUUAAUUUUGCGGUCUUGCAACUCCAGAAAAUUCUCCCCGAUGCAUUGCCUCCGGUACAGUAUCUUGUAUCAAGGUGGGGAUCGGAUGUGAAUUCACUGGGAUCUUAUAGCUAUGAUAUCGUGGGCAAACCUCAUGAUCUCUACGAGAGGCUUAGGGUUCCAGUGGAUAACUUAUUCUUUGCCGGUGAAGCGACGAGCUCAAGCUUCCCGGGCUCGGUUCACGGCGCAUAUUCAACUGGAUUGAUGGCAGCUGAAGAUUGUAGGAUGCGAGUUUUGGAGCGGUAUGGUGAGUUGGAUCUGUUUCAGCCUGUGAUGGGCGAGGAAGGACCUGCCUCUGUUCCUCUUCUUAUCUCUCGUCUUUAAACCCAAUCAUCAGUCAUCGUUUUACUAGAAAGAACCUCUAAAGUGAUGAUGGAUUGGCUUGUGUCUUAAUUUGAAACCAUAAUUAUUCUUAUUUUCUCGGUGUUGUUUGAACAUUAUAUGAUUAUAUCCUUGUGAGAAUCAUCAUUUAUAUA